AUGAAUGUUAGGGAAAAACGUUUCUUGAUUAAGCCUGAAGAGGUUGAGCAGAUUCUAUUUGCAGACAACAGUGACUGUGAAAGUGAUUUAGGACUAGAUGAUGAAGAUCAGGGCUUUCUAGAUGCUGAUGUAGAUAAUGUUGGUGCCGAGAUAGUUAUUGAGGAGGUAGAAAAGGACUUGUCUGAUCAAAAUGACGUAGAGACAGAAGCUGUUCUCGGUGCAUAUAUCAGCUCUGAUCGUCCUGACCGAAAGGUGACUCGUUCUAAACAAACGCCAAAGGUUCGACAAUCUGUUCCGGAACACAUUGACGACGUCAUGGAAUCUCAAAGGUCGUCAGGCAAGCGUCGUAACACCUCCAUGAACGUAAUACAUAAAGGAGCAGUAUUCGCGUGGCGAAGGCGCUGA